GACAUACCGCAAAACGUUGUCCGUGACGCCGAUUGGUCUGUUGAGGUUGUUGUGGGAAAUUUGAAAGCCGAGCUGAGUCCGGUACAUUAGACAGAUUCCGUUCGCUUUUCCUCGCAAGAUAUGAUAGGUCUAUGGGAGAGUUCCGUACCCUGGUGUUGGCCAAGGUGCUGUCAGUGAGAGACAGCUGCUGUCUGUAUGUCAGCUGUACCCACUGUUACCGCAAGCUGCAUCAGCACACAGAUGGGAACAGAUAUGAGUGCCUGAGAUGCCAUGCCGUGUACAUAGCUGCAGACAUCAGGUACAGGUACUGUCUCAACCUCACCGUCACAGACGACCAGACCCUGUGUGAAGUAGCCGUGUUUGGUACCUGUCUGGAACCUUUCUUUGGGAUAAGUGCAAAUGGACUAAAGAGUUUUCUUCAAAAUCAUCUAAAAACAAGCAAGGCCUCAACACCCAACAAUCCAGACUCCCUUCUACAUGAGGCACUGCAGAAGUCUCUGGUUGGGUUGAUGUUCCUUUUCGGAUUCAAGGUUAAAUGUGAAAGGUCAAGGUCACAGAGGGAGAGACACUCGCCCGUCAGGAUACGAAGCAUCUUGGAAAAGACUUGUCAGCAGAGGAACGGAUACCUCGGAAAAAAUCUACCUCAACUCGUGGCUCACCAAUUGGUCCACGCUAACAGAGACACGCCUUUUGUAAGCGUACUGGAUUUGCUCAAAUGGAUAAUUCUGGAAACUGAUGACAACAAAGCCAGAGAAACAAGUACAAGUGAGUUUGGUGUUCCUAGAAACACCUUGCCAUCUAGAAGGAGUGUGAACAGCUCUGAUAUCUCUUGGUGCUCGGGUAACAGCGCAAGAACGUCGUUUGGACAGACUUUAUCAAGAGUAAGCCUCGGUCAGCAGUCGCUGGUUUUAAGCUGUGAUGAAGGCAAUAGUCUAAUGUCUUCCACCAUGUCAGAUGACUUACAGAACGAAUCAGACGAGAAAACAGACUCUAGCAUCAACCACAGUACUUAUUCUUGGGAUGAGACAUAUUAUGAAGAAAACCUGCAGCUGCAUAGUGAGUCAUAUUAUUUUCACGCUAAUGCCUCAGAAGUUGCUAAACAAAAUGAGGUUUGUGAUGUACAGGUAGAAGGUCUAGAUGGGAGAAUGGAAAAUAGAGCAUGCUCAGCAACCAGACAUCAUGUUGUGAUAGAUGAUGUUGGUGGUGGUGGAAAUGAGCAAGAAGGAAAAAAUGACGUUCAUCAAGAAUGUUCUAACACUAGCGGAUGUGAGAAUAUGUCAGCACAGUUUCUGGAAGGAGCCUUUGACGAGACAUGUUGGGAAGGGGAGACACCAGGAAACUUGAGUCACGAAGAGCAACAAAAUGAUCACCAGUCUGACAGAGGAGAUGGUAGUGCAAUGAGAGCGCAUGUGCAGAAGGAACAGGCAGCAGCAAUAGGGGAGAUGUGCCAUGACUGUACCCACCUGCAUACAUCCGAUGAGACUUGUGGAGACCCUGAGGUAGAAGCAUUGUACAACCCACAGCUGGCUGGACAGGAAGCUUACAGUUGGACACAUGAACACGAUAUUCCAACGUGUAAAACUUCUACAGAAGAUGAAGUUCCAAAUGAAGAAUUGAGUUUUGAUGAAUCUGUCAAUGACAGUUAUCUGUUAUUGGCAGAGCUUAACAGUGAUGACAGGCACAUGCCAGAGAAAGACAAUGAUAAAGAUCAUUUUGACUGUUGCAGUGACCAAACUCACAACGUAUGCAAGAGGGAGGUCGACCCAACUCACCAGGGCAGUAGUAGUGGUAGUGAAGACGUACGGCAUCAUGAGACCAAGACGUCUUGUGACGACUUACCGUAUUCAGAAGGUCUGGACACCUUCAUAGACCAGCUGGACCAGCCUGUGCAAGGCCCUCUGGAAAGACUGCGUCAUACUACAGCUAGUAGCCACGAGAAGGAUAUGGCAGACUCAAAUGUAGAAGACAAAAUCUCAAGGCAAGAAGAAUGUUUGGUACAACCAGAGAGUGGCAUAUCAAAAAAUUGCACCAACAUAAUUGAGGACAAUGGAUUGAAUAUGAAAGAAAAGCAUGAAAACAUGAUUUUAUGUAACAUUGAAGAAGAGAAAGAAAUUCAGGCAAUGUGGCAGGAAGACUUUCCAUACUCUGAAGAUCUGGACGCGUUCUUGGCAGAAAUGGAUGAAAACAUCACUGUAGAAAGAGAAAGAAAAGAGGAUGUACAUGUGGUCAAAGAGAUAGCUCAGCGGCCCAUUGAAGAUGAAACAGACAAGUGUGUUACCUCGGUUGAGACAACUGUAGACAUUCAUCAAUGCAGGGCAGAAACUGGUAGUACUGCUGACAUGGAGGGUAGCAGAACAAAUUCAUCCCUUCUUAAAACUAACACUGACAAAAAGGAUAUCAAAAACACUGACAAGAUAGGCAGAACAAAAUCUCUUUUUGAACGAUUGGUGAGACGGAAAACAAUCCUGGCUUUGAAUUCUGCAGAAACCGAUCAAACGACUGAGACAUCAGAUGAGAGUAUAGACAAGGAGACAGAGGAGAAAGAUUCUAGAGACCUUACUGGAGAAUGUGACAGUGACAGUGACAGCACAUCACGUUACAGAGAUAAGAUUGUCUCUGAGUCUGACACUGAUUCAGUUUUGUCCAUGUCAUCUUCAGUUCAGCAGCCAUCUGUCGUGAGGUCAUCUUCCAUUGUUUCUAUCCCAGACUCUGAAAAGGGUGAAACAUCCUCAGCAAAGUUCCCAACUGGUGAUAAGAGUGUAGAGCAGCCACAGGACUCAACAGAGAAUGUAGUUUUCAUGGCAGCUUCAGAGGAAAAUCACGACUUCUCUGCUCUAUUUGAUGAAUCGUUUGGCCAUCUGAGUGACACAGAAUCUGUGGGUCCCUGCAGGGACAGUUGUGGAGAGGUAGGGGGCGUGAAUGAGCUACCAGACACACCAGGUCCUCCAUCCAGAGCGGCUUCUGUAUUAAGAGCCAGCAGAACAAGCACGAGGAGUUUUAACAUGGAGAAUACAGAAACAUCUCCGGUUACAAAGAAUGGGAAAAUACCUAGCUGCUACAACUACAAGACUGCCAACAGAGCGCGACGGUGCAAAUCCUACUCGGACAGAAAGCGGUAAUCUCCACACAACUACCAGUGAUUGCGACAGCCCGGACAGCUCGCCCAAUGAGCUUGCAGACACACCCCAUGACAACAAGUGUCGGAGUUUCCUCUCCGUAAGAGGCACGUCGUUCAACUCUACCGCUGGUGACGGAAAGGUCUCUGACAGUGCUUACAGCAGCUCCAUUUUGCCAGGUGCAGAAACAAAGAAUGAGCCAUUCGAAGAACUGAAGGGGAAGCAAGAAAGGCAGAGAAGGAAGAGUGUCCACUUUUCAAGCCACUUAGAAUCAGUGCACGAAGUCAGCCAGGUGACAGGAACUGAGGAAGUGUUUGAAGAUUACACUGUCUCAAACUCUGUGUUGAAGUCUCUCCCAAUAGUUUCUCACUCUUUAAGGGCUUCAACAAGGAAAUCACCACUUCAGCCAAUUAUAGAUAACUAUUAUAAGAGUUCUAUUACAUGUGAGGGGACGCCUGAAUUGUUUUCCCAAAGGUUGCCAAGUGGCAAGAAGGUGGCCACUAGUGUAGCCAGAAUCAAGACACCAAUGUCAGGUGAAGGUACACCAAACUUUUUCUCACAACUGUCCCCGACAUCAGCAGACAGAAGGCAUGUCAGAGUAGCGAAAUCAGUAGGUAAAUAUGAUUCCACACCCAACUUCUUUUCCCAGCUCUCACCGCGUGACAGCGGUAGUGACGGAAUUGUUCCAGGAACGCAGGACAGACCGUGCAGAAGAAGGGUCUCCUGCAUGUUAAAAAAUGUAGUCAGGUUCCCUGUCGAUGAUGCCUUCCAGGGUACUGGUACUCCUGACUUGUUUGAGACUAGUUUUGCAUGGUGACAGUGAAGGUGGUGACUUGGGGGCAUCUCCUGAUCUGUUUGGUGAUUCGCCUAUUCCAGACUCACCGGUCAACGUACGACAACACACAGCUGUCAUGUCACUUUGCAAGCGCCUGUUUCACAGGCAGUAGAAUGAUAACCCGGUUUAAACAUGGGCAAAAACCUAUUAAAUGGUACAAAAACUGUACUACGCAUGUGAGAGUACAAAAACUACACAAAACGUGUUCAGCCUGCUAUGACUUACAUUCAUGCUACCUCGGGGGCUGACAUAUGAUCUAAAUGUAUAUAUGUUCUUGACGUAUUAGGCAACACCAAUCUAGUUUGUUGUUUCUGAAAAACAUAUGCUUAACUGGAAAAUCAUGAUGAAAACUGCUUGAGAACCAGAGCGAUGUUCUGUUUUGUCAAGGUUAGCCUGGGUUAAACCUCCUUGGUUUUCUGGAGUGAAUAAAGACAUAUUCAA